AUGAGUGUUAGGAAGAUGAAAGCUAAAGUUUCAACAACAUUCAAUAUAAAUGUGAGUGAGGGGCAAUGCAGAAAUGCAAAGAAAUUUGCAUUACAAGAAAUUGAAGGAAGUCUAAUUGAACAUUAUGGGAGAUUAUGGUCAUAUGGUCAUGAAAUUCUGAGGACAAACCCUGGGUCUACUGUGAGGAUGGAUGUAGACAUCAUGCCAGAUUCCACAACUUUGUUUUCUAAGGGAGAAGUUUUGGCAGCUGUAGGGAGGGAUGCAAACAACCAAAUCUACCCUAUAGCAUGGGCUGUAGAUGGAGUUGAGAACAAGGCCACAUGGAAGUGGUUCAUAGAUCUCCUCAUGGAUGAUAUUGAUGGUGGUCUUGGUGCAGGCAUUACCCUUCUUUCUGAUGGACACAAGGGGUUGCUAGAAGCAGUAAAAGAAAGGUGUCCAGAAGCUGAACACAGACAAUGUGCCAGGCACAUUGUGGCUAAUUUUGCUAAAGGGUUUACCGGUCAACAUUUCAGGAAGCUUUUUUGGAGGGCUGUUAGAGCUAGUACUGAACAGAAGUUCAAACAUGUAAUGGAAAAGAUCAAAUCUUUAGAUACUCAAGCAUAUGAGUACCUUAUAGACAGAGAUCCUACUACCUGGUCUAAGGUAUUUUUUAAAGAGGGCAGAGAUUGUGAUGCAGUUGAGAAUGGGGUGAGUGAGAGUUUCAAUUCUGCUAUUAGGCAUGGUAGAAGGAAACCAAUCAUCACUAUGUUAGAGGAGAUUAGGAUAUUUGUGAUGGAGAGGAUAUACAAUUGUGGGGGGGUUACUCCUUGUGGUUAUCAAAAGUAUGAAGUUAGGUUCAAUGAUGCAGCAUAUGGAGUGGAUCUAAUUGCAAAGACUUGUGCAUGCAGAAUAUGGCAACUUACAGGGAUACCAUGCUUACAUGGAGUAGUUGCAAUCUCUUCCCUGAAUCAAGAUGCAGAAACAUAUGUGUCCCAAUCAUACAGUAAAGAGGCUUUUCUAAAAUGCUAUUAUUAUAGCAUUAACCCUCUCAAUGGUAGUGAUACGUUGGAAGAAGUUCCUUAUCGAAAGCCUUUGCCUCCCAAAAGAAGAAGAUUACCUGGUAGGCCAUCAGUGAAAAGGAAGAGGGAUGCAGUGGAAAGGGAGUUGAGUGGACCAGUUAGACAUUCUGUGACAAGAAGGGGAUCCAUGAUAAAGUGUAGUAUUUGCAAGGAACCAGGUCAUAACAAGAUAAAGUGUCCAUCUAAGCAGCAAACAAAUACAUCAGCACCAAGUUCAUCUAGGGGUAGUGGAGCAGGACCAAGUCAACCACCAAGUUCAUCAUGGGGUAGUGGAGCAGGACCAAGUCAACCACCAGCAGCAGCCCAACCACCUCCACCACCACCAGCUGCAAGGCCUGUCCCAAGAAGGGCCCCAAUUGGUAGAACUGGACGGAGGAAAUAUUCUGAAAGGAUUGUCAAAAUGGCAUUGAGGAGGAACAUACCUGGGGUUGGGAGCAGUGCAGAGAACCAUGCAGUCCUUAAUUAA